AGUGGGCCGCGCCAUUAGGCUUCCUGGGAGCCACGUGAUCUAAAGGGAUGAUGGCGGGCGCAGCGGAAGACGUGCGAGCGCUCUUCGGAGCUGCAGUCCGCGCGGCUCUGCAGGCUUGGCCUGCUUUGCAGAUCGCUGUGGAGAAUGGCUUCGGGGGCGUACACAGCCAGGAGAAGGCCGAAUGGCUGGGGGGUGCAGUGGAGGAUUACUUCAUCGCCAAUGCUGACAUGGAGCUGGAGGAGGUGGAAGAUUUCCUUCGAGAGCUGAUGACCACUGAGUUUGAUACAGUUGUGGAAGAUGGGAGCCUGCCCCAGGUGAGUCAGCAGCUACAGACCAUGUUCCACCACUUCCAGAAGGGUGAUGGGGCUGCUCUGCAGGAGAUGACCUCUAACAUCAACCAAAAAAAGUGCAAAGUCACGGCUACCCCACUUAAGACAGCCAAAGAAACUGGUGUGGAUGAAGAUGAUGUGGACAGCGUAGAAGAAAUGGAGGUGAAAGAGGUGACAGCUACAAAUGAUGGGGCCACAACGGAUGUGGUCUGCCCCCAGCCUCAACCCUCUGAUCCAGACCCCCAGACUAUUAAGGAAGAGGAUAUAGUAGAAGAUGGUUGGACCAUUGUCCGUAGAAAGAAAUGAAUAGGGCAGUAAAUGGUUUGCGCCCUUGUUUGCUAAGUAUUAUGAAAGAGUUAUAGGGGCUGUUUUGGAGGACUAUACACCUCUGUCCUGAUAACCAUAUCCCUACCUUGUUUUGAUAACCAUAUUCCUACUAGGGAAGAAAAGCCCUAGGAUCCUUGGUUGUGUUGAUGGGACCUAUUUCAGCCCCCUUGAUCCUUAAGGUACCGUAUGAGAGAGAAGUGCCUCCUAGCUGCAGUGAAUGUGAAGUGGGUGAUGAGUGUGGCUGUGGUUGGAGUAGAAUCCAGACUUGUGGACAGUAGGCAGGUACAUUUGUGGAAAGGAUGAGAAUUUUCCACAGUGGGAGGCUGGCUGGAUUGGGACUAGUGAGAUACACAUGCAGUUGGAUGAUGUGGUACCUCCCCAAUGUCCCCACCCCAGCCUCCCUUACUGCCCAGAACUUGCAUCCUUCUGUGAAUGCUCCCACCCUGAUACUCUUGAGAGUUUGAAGGACUUGACUAAGUGGUGAACUUCGGAAAGUAGGGCUGUUUUAAGUCCAGGGAUGAAGCUUAAGACCUUAAUAACAUAACACCUUCUUGUUUAAUCCAUGACUUAACCUUGGAAUCAUCCUUCUGAGAGCUGAGCUUCAGAUUUCAGUGAAAGAGUAGUUUCUGUACCCACACACCCUCCCCCCCCAGUAGUCUAGGACUUUGGACAAACGGACGGACCAUAGCAGUGCUCUGAAAGUUACUGUAAGCCUGAAAUAAACUGUAUUUUCUUUAAAAAACAGUAUCCAUUGUCCUCCCCCCCCCUCCCAUUCCCGUCCUGCCCAGUGGCCCUGCCAUGGGUCUGGACGAUAAAAUACUGGAUUGCUUUGGGGCUAGGUAGAAGCUAUAAGCCAUGGGAAAGGCAAGAAGGGUCUAGUCACCACCCCAUGUAAAGUCAUACAUGUGAAGACACUGGCUGAGGAGGCAAGGGUGGGUUGGGGUUUCAGGGUCAGUAACAGAGCUGGCACUUGGUCUCCUGCCUCUGGUGCUUUUGUGGGGAACUGGGUGGAAGUAGGAUCUGUGGGGUGUUGGAAGGAAAUAGCCUAAUUCAAGUGAUUCUAGCAAUUAGCUCCUGCCCUCCCUGGGGACAUGGAUUUAAAAAAUUAACAUCAAUGUAGGAAUAGUUUUUAAAAAGCCCACAUUUUGUGAAAAGAUGAAUUAAAAAACCCAAGACCCAGCAUUCGGGAUUGAAAGUGCCCGUGGUGGGAAUUCAAGUAUUGACUGCAUUGGGAGUGGGCUGGUGCCCCCAAUUGAACAUGGGCAGCUGGAGUGUGGGGCAGGAGUUUCCCGUCCCCCCAAACCCUCUAGGUCUUGUCUCGGGUCUGGGAGGCUUCAGGAGUUUCAGCAGUGGCUCCUGCGGCUGCCACUGGUGUCUCCUCCAUCUCCCUGUCCUCAGACAGUGUGGGCCCUGGGCAGAAUGUGUCCCCACGGCCCGCCCUGCCAAGCACAGCCAUCCAGCGCCGCUGGAGUUCUUCUGUCUCUGGGCUGAAGUACCAGCUUAGGUGGCUCUGGGUGAUCUUGAAGACGUGCCUCCUGUCAGGCCGCUCCCCUGCCUCAGGAGGCCCCACCUCAAAGCCAAUGAGGGGCAGGCUGCGCUGGGCUUUCACAUCCUAGGGAAGAGAGACAGAGCUAGUGUCACCUAGGGGGCUGAGCUGUGCCCUCUGCCCAGUGAAACAACUUUGUUUUUGUUGUUUCCUCUGCUGAAGACCCUCGCCUUCACUGUAUGAACAGGAAGAUGUCUGCACUAGGACCAGACGCAGGCUACUUUACAUAUGUCUCCUCCCGUGCCCAAACCAACUGCUAGUCUUUACUAUUAUAGAUUCAGGGCUUUGGUUAUUUCCUCCAUCUGCACAGUCAGGCCUAACGGUGCCUGUCUCCAAUCCUGUUUUCUCCACAAAGCUAGACUCCCCACCUUACCCUCAUUUUCCCUCCAUACUUGGCCUCCAAACACUUGUCUCUACGUAAUGUCACAUAAGGAUGGGACUUUUGAUUUUUCCCUUCGCUAGCCUCACCCUGUCCCCAAGGGACAAGGCACACAGGGGAGGGGCAGCCUGGCAUUGUCGGACGGUCAGAGAAACCUGAAGGAGUGGGAUGCACACCUGAGGGGCUCCAUAGAUGUACAGCACCAAGGGUUCAUUCUCAGGAACCACAAACCAUGCCUUGUGCCAUCCUUUCCCACCCUUCUCCAUGUAGUGCAGGAAGCUGCAGAUGACGCUGUUCUCAGCAGCCACUGAGGCCUGUUUCUGUGAUCAGAGACACGGUACGUCAGUGUUGACAGAAGACUUUGCUCUUGCCUUAAAUAGCCCCAUAGCGUAUGGACUAUGUGUCAGACAAAGGUAGCAGAGCAUAUGAGAGAUGGUUUAGCCAUUGUCACUUAGGUAAGCAAGCUAGGUAUGGCUGCUGCCUCUAACGGCUCGUGGACCACAGUGGGGCAUUGAAACGCUGGCCAGGUAAUCGACAUUCACAGCUAAGCUUUCAUCUUUCAUUACACAUGCAUUGCCUGCUCUGAGAAGUCCUAAUACUGAUGAAAGGGAUGAGUGGGUGGUUAACACCAUCUGCCCCACAAUCCUAAGAAUAGAUGUAAAUGCAGGACUUGUGAGAAGAGCACAGAGACUGUUGAUGAGAUUCCAAUUAGCAUAAACAAGGCAAUUUACAGUCCUGGUGCAGAGUAAGCUCCCUUAAAUGUGGGACACCACGAUUCAUUUAAUAAACAAUCACCCCCAAAUUGUCCUAGAAAUAUAGGAAGCACCAGUAUUAACAGCUUCUGGGUAAAGGACUAUGUCUUUUUUAAAUGUUGUGUUAUUUAUCCUAUUUCAUAAUACAAAUAGGCCGAGGCAGGAGAAUUGAAAAUUCAAAGCCAGCUUAGGCUAUGCAGUGAGACUUUGCUGAUAAAACAAAACCUACCUAGCAGUGUUUUUCUGUCUGUGCAACCUAGCCAAAUACCCUCUCUGGGCUUUAGUUUUUGUUCCUAUGUAAAUUAAGCAUAAGAAUAUGGGUUGAUCAGUAAUAUGUAGAGUACUUUAAUAAACAUUACUCUUUUAACCCUUA